AUUUUCACUUGAUUUUCUUGCAGAGUCUUCGCGACAUUACUGGGUUUUUUUGCGGCCCUUAAUAUCUUGCUUUCAUUUCAUAAACUACCACCUCCGUUUUCAUGAUCUUCGGUUUUCAAAUUGCCAAAUCAGAUCCCAGUCAAUCUAAUCUUAUUGGCAUGCUUUGUAGAGUAAUUUGUAUCUGGACUUAUGUCAUACAGUCAUAACAUUCAGUGGCUGCUUUAUAAACCAGAUUUGAUGGCAAGAGGCUUGCCUACUCUGCUCUGAUAUCAUCACAGCUCACUAGUACUGGGUUCGCUAUGGACCUAGUAUAUUGUGCUAGAUGGCAUCUUCUGGUUUAAAACCAGGGGUGCCUGUUAUUUUGCGGGAGCUAGAGCCAUCAUCAGAGUUCUUCAAGCAAGGGACAUCCCUUCGAGUAACAGGAAAUCUGCAGUCAUAUGACGUGGACUCUGCGAUUGCUGUCAUCCAAGACGGCAGCGUGAGUUUGAAGGUUGACACUCAACAUUUGAGGGACAUCAGUUUCCGCACAAAUUCGACGUACCAGUUUAUUGGCGAACUGCUGAUCCCUCCAGAUAAUGAUGCAAUUCUACAAGCACGCAUUGGAAGGAAUGUCGACGGCCUUGACCUCAACCUUUACCAGCAGUCUUUACUCGUCCGACGGCAAUACGAAGCCAAACUACGGAGCUCCAGGAGAGCAUGAUCUGUUGCCAUGGAACCAGGCGCAUGAUCUUUGUAGUUCAGUUCCUUCGUUCGGCCCCGCAAUGGAACUCACCUUGCACAUGGGAACAGAACUGGAACCUAGAGGCUUUGGUGAUGAGAAUUGAUCGAUUGAGAAGCAGUUUAUAUUAUUUGAGGGUCCACACAUAUUGUGUUUCUGGCUGUUUUGUGGUAUGGCAUUUCUCUUGCUGCAGAAAGAGUUGCCUUGAGAAAUGUCAUUGCAGUGAUCUUAUUUGUAGUAUGGACACAUUCUGUCCCAGUGAUUACAGCUGGGAGGCAUGUGGAACUUGGCAGCAUAAUUUCAGAGUUCCUAUUAUUUAUGAAUUCUGAGUAGAAGUUCUGUA